AUGGGACCCAAAUCCAUUUGGCGCCAGCCGAAUGCUGUGCACUUUCAAGUGGUGCACAGGUCGCAGCGUGAUGUGUUGCGCAACGAUCCAGAUGCUGGACAGCAUGUCCUUCGGCCGUACGAGCCGCUGAAUCGCGGCAAGGGCAAGACUCGUGCAGAAUUGACGCGAGAAGAUCCCAGUUUGGCCCUGGGAAGCGAUGGAGCGCCACUGCGUAAGAAUGUCGGCGAGGCCGCCUUGUAUGGUGUAUACUAUGACGAUACAGAAUAUGACUACAUGCAGCAUUUGCGUGCCAUCAAUGAUAACGAGAAUAGCAAGCGUGGUGGUGUCGACGAAGACGACGACGUGGAAGCCGUAUGGAUUCCAUCGGCUGUACAGCCCAAAGACCGUGCACCCAAGUUUGCCCUGAAAGAAGAUGCGCCUACUACGUCCGCCCAAGCCAAGCCAGACCUCAUGCUACCUGCCUCGGUCUUUGCCUCGGCAGAAACGCCUUUAUCACAGCACUACGAAAAUGAGCCACAAGGCUUGCAGCCUGAUAUGGACCCACAUCUUCGACAAACACUGGAAGCGCUGGACGAUGAAGCGUUUGUCGAUGAUGAGCUGGACGAUGAUUUCUUUGCCAAUCUCGUACAAGAAGGGCCAUGGAGUGGGGAGCGAGGUGCCGAUGAUGAUUGGCGUGACCAGGCGCCGGAGGGUGAUGCCAUCUGGCUGGAUCCCCUUGAGCGUGCACAGCGAGAGAAAGAGGCGGUUGGUGGCGAUGAGUCGGCGCUGAGUCUCGAGGCACGUGUCGCGCUUUUCAAGGCGCAACAGCUAGCAUCGCGUCACAGUGACGACGACGAAGAAGACGAGGAUGAUGGUGAUACUCUAGGCGAGAUGGGGCCCAGUGCUGCUCAGACACGUGCGCGACCAACAGCCUCUGUUUCUUCCAGCGGCUCCGCACUCGGCAAGAAGGGCAAGCCUGGUGCCUUGGCACGGCGUGCUGCCUCCAUGCGGGAAGGCAGUGUGGGCGGCGGAUCAACGGUUUGGUCGAUGACAUCGUCGUCUAUGUUCCGCAACGAUGCACUGACCGACUUGGAUUCGCGCUUUGAUCAAGUUAUUCGUGAAUAUGGUGGCCAAGCCACAGGCGAUGCCGAACUCGAUGCACUCACCGGCGCCUUUACAGAUAUGCAAACGAUGAACGACGAUGAGGAUGGUGAGGAAUUGGACUACGAUACAGUUGAGAAACUAACACGGUCGGAUCUUGAUGCGAUCCUGGAUGACUUUUUGGACAACCAUGAAGUGAUUGCCGGUAAACUGCGGCCGACGCUGGGUGAUCGCAACACCACAGCGGAUGAGAAGCUCACGAUGAUUCGUCAGGCCCUGGGCGAGGCACGUAUUGUCGAGAACGACGACGAUGUAUCCACGCCCGCCUCGGAAAAUCCGUUCCUCAACCCUAGUAUGAUUCGUGCGAACCGGGAGAAAUGGGACGUGGAAACGAUCCAGACGACGAAGACCAACUUGGAAAACCAUCCACGGACCAUCACAGCGGCUGAGAGCGUGCGUGGCAGUGUAGCUGGUCGCUCCACAGCCUCAGCUCAAGGACCCAAGUCCCUGCAGGAUCAAGACCAGCGAAUUCCGAAAAUCCGUAUUCAUCCCCGUACCGGCAUGCCGCAAGUUGUCGGAUAUACCACAGCUCAGAAAGACCAGAAGCGUGCACCGCCUCCGCCUGUGCGUGAAGAAGCAGAAGAAGAGGAGGAAGAGUACGAAAGCGACGGAUCGGAGGCACGUCCACGUGUCGUGGCGAAGCGAGAUCGAAACGAAAGCAAAGAGGAGCGCAAGGCCCGUAAAGAGGCACAAAAACUGGAAAAGCAAAUUCGUCGGCAAGAAAAGUCAGCUGCGAAGAAGGCGUUCGCUGACGAACACAAGCGACAGUCGCACUCCUCGAGACGCCAAGCGGAAUCACGAGGUGGUGCUACAGGUAUGCAUUUGGCGUAG